AUGGAGGGCUCGGGCGCAGAGAUAGCGGAGGAGGUGGAGAAGUCCCCGGCGGAGGAAGGCGGCGGCGCCGCCGAGGGGUUCAAGAAGGUCUUCGUCGCCGGCGCCACGGGGAGAACGGGCCGGCGCGUGGUCGAGCAGCUCCUUGCCAAGGGGUUCGAGGUCCGCGCCGGCGCCGUCGACGUGGGCCGCGCGCGGAGCAGCCUUCCCUCGAGCUCCAAUGUCGAGAUUGUGAGUCUGAACCAGGCAGGCUUCGCUCUGUAGGGUGGAAAAUCUGUCCCGCUGGUGUCAAUCUCAGCCUCUGUUUGUGCGCAGGUUAGGGCUGACGUCACCGAGCCCCCGGAGACGCUCGCGGAAGCCAUUGGCGACGCCGAUGCCGUGGUAUGCGCCACGGGAUUUCGCUUCUCAUGGGACCUCUUUGCCCCCUGGAAGGUCAGUCAGCGAGCUUCUUCUUCUUCUUCCGAAUCAACGGGUCAGCGGAUGUGAUGAUGAUGAUCCCAGUCACUGACCUUGACCCAUCUCUCGCUCUGCAAGGUCGACAACUUUGGGACAGUAAACCUCGUGGAGGCAUGCCGGAAAAAAGGGGUGGACCGCUUCAUCCUGGUCAGCUCGUUAUUGGUCAACGGGGCCGCCAUGGGGCAGAUACUCAAUCCAGCCUACAUCGUCCUAAAUGUGUUUGGGCUCACUCUGGUGGCCAAGCUGCAGGCAGAGAAAUUCAUCCGGAGAUCUGGAAUCAACUACACCAUCGUAAGACCCGGCGGCCUGAGAGAGGACCCUCCAAGCGGAAACCUGGUUAUGGAGCCGGAGGUAGCAACCUACCCACCCACCCCCUCUCCACAAGUCAACUACGCUAUUCAAUUCUGAUCCUGUUCUUGCCGCCCACCUGUUCAGGAUACUCUGUUUGAAGGCUCGAUAUCGAGAGAGCAGGUGGCGGAAGUUGCAGUGGGAGCUCUGCUAUACCCCGAGUCCUCCUUCAAGGUCGUCGAGAUCGUCGCUCGCAGAGAAGCACCCGAGCGUUCUCUCGCGGAGCUCUUCAGCUCCAUCAAGCAACGCUGA